GGUAAUCGCCAGUCGUCUACCACAUUCGGAGUUUCCCUUCUCGGAACGCAAAAUGCGCGUUGGGUGAAAGUGAACGUAGGAACUUCAAAGUGGUUCAGAACUCAGAUAUGUCCUGAGGCUGAAACGUUGAAAAGUUAUCGGAACCGAAACGUUGAGUAACAGUGCCAAAUAAGCCAGGGAAAAGGAUUAUGUGAUCAAAGUGUACAGUUUAAUUUAAGAAUAGUUUCAGAUUAAUUUGGAAUAUUUAGUGAACAACGAAAACAUAACCGAGUGGAUACUAUGGUUAUGAUGCAAUCGCCGAGAUCUGAUUCCGGACAACCGGAAAGCCCGUCGCUUUCCCAGCCAAAUUCACCCCCACUUCCCAACGAGACGGGUCUCUCGAACUCAACUUUGAAAGAUACGCAAAUUUCCGGCCCGGGAACUCCGUCGGAACAACCGGAAAUACGUUCGCAGCCGUCUCCAAAAUCCGACGGACUGCUGAUUCGCUUCCAAGAGUUUCAACCGCCGGACCGUAAAAACCAUCUCGAACUCAAGGCCAAGUUUUCUCUACUUUCCAAAGAAAACACAACACUUCUCCCAGUGAACAGUGAUCAUUUCAUCUACGCCAAAAGUGACCGUGAACUGUUAGAACCGAGUGCCAAAUUCUCCAUAGAAAGACUGAAACAGUUAGCAGACCACAACAUAAACACCCGUCUCAGUCCAUCCGAACUAGAUAAGCCACCCUCGGGGAAAUACUCCAUCGAUCAUAGUGUAAAAUAUGCAAUACCUAGUGAUUCCAACCUGCAACCGCAACCACAUUUUCCCACGACCCAACCGGUUCCACUUGGUCCAACACCGUCGGUCUUAUCCUUAGGACAUCAUCCGACGCUGAUCCCCAACGGACACCAGCUCCAGCUAUCGCCACAUCACCACCCUCCGCACAUGCCACCUCAUCCAAAUCAGCAACAUUCCUUCGCCGUCGCAACCAUGAAGUUUCAACCAGCGCCGGGAAGUGUUUCCCCGUCGGAUUUGGACAUUGAGCGAUUCAAAAUCGCUCGAUCGAUGAGCGGGAACGGCAUCAACGGUGUAUCAGCGGCAAAGGAACUGUCGGAUUUUGGCUUCAGGAUACAACUGGGUGGAUUGUCUGCCAAUUAUGCUCGCAGUGAUACCAGUGAAGAACUUAUCGUGGACGGUAACGAGGAUAGUUCUCAAGAUGCUACCUCGGGAUGCCCAGUUGACCUCACGCGGUCAAUGGACAGCAGUAGUGCGAAAUCACUCACCGGAAGUGAAAAAGAAACGGCCCCCAGGCGGUUAGCCUUUUCCGUUGAGAACAUCCUGGACCCAACAAAGUUCAAUGGAAAGCACAAUCCCCAUCAUCACCACAACAACAACAACAGCAUAAGUGUGAACAACAACAAUAGCAGUAAUCAGAACAAUAAUUCCAACAACCUGCACAGUGCAAGUAGUAAUAACAAAUUCUGGAGUGGAUUCGACCGGGACGACAAGCUGGAGGAUGACCAGAGUGACUCACGAUCAGUGAAGGAUAUGAACGACAUCGACCAGGACGACAUGGGUGAUGAUACGAUGGGCAGCGACAUCGAUGACCACGAUGAAACCGACUCCAAGAAGGACGGCGCCAGCAGCCGGUCCGGGGACGGCAAGUCUGGGGGGAGCAGUUCCAAGCCGAGACGAGCUCGAACUGCAUUCACUUAUGAACAGCUGGUUUCCCUCGAGAACAAAUUUAAAACCACCCGAUACCUAUCGGUUUGCGAGAGACUGAAUUUAGCAUUAAGCUUAAGCCUUACAGAGACACAGGUGAAAAUCUGGUUUCAAAACCGCCGAACAAAGUGGAAAAAGCAAAACCCAGGCAUGGACGUCAACAGUCCGACGGUGCCACCGCCGAACGGUGGCGGAGCCUUCGGGCCCGGUUCCUACGCCAGCAGCCUUCUGUAUCCGCACGCGGUGCCCUACCCGCCGUACGGACCCUACUUCCACCCGCUCGGCGGUCAUCAUCUUGGCCACUCGCACUCGUAAAAUUCAGCAGACAUGAUCUCCGCAUGUCUGGAAAUCCUACGCUCUCAAGGCAGAUUAAAACCUAAUUUGUCACGGUCGGGUUGUGCAAACGCAAAAUAUUGUAAAGAAAAGAAUGUUUAAUUUCGAAAUCAAAAUUGAAAAAACGCGCGAAACUAUUCCUCCCCCUAAAGCUCCCACUGUGCACUGUAAAUACAAAAAAAUAAAAUUUAAGUAGUUAAUGCUAGCGGGCUUGCAGAUAAAUUGUAGUCAAUUUGAAGACAUUGUACAGUACUGUAAAUAGUGUAAAAGAUAUCAAAAUCAAACAUCUCCAACCAUGAUUCGAAAAUAAAUUUAA